AUGCGGAGGGCGUCGCCUUCGCCGCUGGCGGUCUUUGCCGCCAUGGUCGUGGUGUUUCUGCCUGCCCCUAUUCCUCAGGAUGCCUCCCCGCUUGGCCACGCCUUCCUUCUCUCUUCUCGACAGAUGAACAAAAGAGAGAGCUAUGGUCACUUGCCAUAUCAGGGGUGGAAACCAUGCUUAAAGCCCUCAAUUUCUCACGCAUUACCUCUGGAACCAAGUGGAUACAUCCAAGUAGUAUUUCUUGAUGGUGGAUUGAACCAGCAAAAGAAUGGGAUAUGUGAUGCCGUUGCAGUUGCAAAGAUUCUUAAUGCUACUCUUGUGGUCCCACAUUUUAAAGAUAUGGCUGCACAUUCUGCCUGUAACUUGGGAGGUGGCAGAGCUGAACAGCUAGCUCUUGCUAAGUACAGGCAAGUAUAUGGUGGAGAAGCCAGGAUCUCAAGCUUGCGCAAACUAUUUCCAUUGAUGGAGGACAAGAGGAGCCUUGCAUCUGAAGAUGAACUUGCUAGUGUUGAAGGGAAGGCUUCUGUUCUAGCAGCUCUUGACUAUUAUAUCAGCAUGCACAGCGAUAUUUUCAUCUCCGCAUCUCCUGGAAAUACGCACAAUGCUUUGUUGGCUCACCGAACCUAUGAGAACUUGAAGACCAUAAGGCCAAACAUGGCAUUGCUUGGCCGCAUCUUUGUGAACAAGAGCAUGGAGUGGCCAGAGUUUCAGCAGGUUGUACAGGCAGGACACAAAGGAAGAUACGGGCAAAUCCGGCUGAGAAAGGCAACGCAAUCCAUCUAUACUUAUCCUGCACCUGAUUUUUUGAUUCUGGCGUCCAUCUCCCACAUGGCUCCUCUGAACCGGUAG